AUGAAACUCACGGAACAGUACGGAACAUUUGACCAGCUCAUUGUUUGGACAGAUACCGCACCAAGUCAAUUUAAAGAGUGUUUCUUUUUCUUUUACCUCGAUCAUCUUGUACAAAAUAAAUAUUUUCCAAGAAUCGACCUAAAAUUUUUGCUAGAAGGACAUAGCUACAGCACUUGUGAUCAUCGUUUUGCCUGCAUACAACAGUUUUAUGGUACUCAGGAAACAGUCGAAGUGCCACAAGAAUGGGCUACACUUUUGAAAAACAGUGACUUAAAAAACAUUAAGGUACAUUGGGUCACUUCAGAAUUAAUAAUGGAUUAUAAAAGUUUCUUAAAAAUGCAGUACGUGAGCAGAAAUGUUGAGACAGAGAGCAACACAUUCGAAGUGAAAAAGAUCGGGUGGAUCAACUAUGGAUAUGGAGAAGUAGCUGAUGAGAAGGGUAACGAAACUUGUGAGACAUGA